UACAAAAUUCACCGAUCCCACAAUACCAAGCUGAUGCCAAAAGAGCUAAGUCAUACGAGGGUUGGUACCAUACGUUUAUCCUUGGAGCACUUGCAAUGUUUCACGGUGGCGACUACCAGGUUGUAUCCAAUCGUGAAACUGGGAAUGGUCGUCCUGAUGUCUGCAUCAUUCCAGUCAACCAAAAAAUUGAUACCUGUAUCAUUUUUGAGUUUAAGCUCGCUAAAUCGGAAAGCCACAAUGAAAUGAGAAAGAGUGCCAAGGAUGGGUUAAAUCAAAUUGUUGACAAGAACUAUCGAUCAAAUACUGCAAGCCAUAUUCAGGCAAUAGUUGAGAUUGCCAUUGCCUUCUACAAAAAAAGCACCUUCAUCUCUGCUCAACUUCUACAACGUGAAAAAGUUGAAUCUUCAAUAUCUCAUACCUGGAAAGUUGUUUCAUUAGCUGAAUCGGGUUAG